AGUAGAGGUACAGCAUUGAGGUCGGUCGCUAGCGACAGUUAUUUUAAACUCUUUAUUUUAUCGACAUCAUUACUAGGUGUGUUCUGAUGUCAGCGAUGCACCAAAGAACCAAAAAUAUUAAACAUCUUUGAAAUCACUAUACUUGAGGUAUUAAUAAAAAACAUUAAUCAAAGAAAACACUCAAACAAUUGACUGUUGAUAACCACUAAUGAUGCAAAAGCGGUCAUUGCAUGAUGCUAUUAACUGCCUAUUUUCAGUUGGUUAAAAAAUGACAGUUUUAGAAGUGAAAACGUUCCUAUUUAUAAUAUGUAAAAAUGGUCAAAAGACAGACAGUAUCAAUUGUCUAAAAAACGCCAUUUAAUGCCCGUUUCAUUAUCUACUAACUAGCAUGUGAUAGAUAAUUAAUCACACUGUUUCGAGUAUCCAUUCACUUGCACAGUUUCUUUUUGAGGCAAAAAGACAUUUAAAAAGAUUAAAUUUCUUUCAGUUAUCGUCAUGAGAAUGCAAAAUUCGAGUUUAUAGUUUAGGUAAUUUUGCAUAUGUUUCUGGAAGAUCCUUACAAAAAGUCAAUGAAAAAUUCAUUUCUCAUCAUCUCAAAUAUAGUAAAAAAAGGAUGACAGAAAAGUAUAUAUUUAUUCGCUCAAUGGGAAGAGCAGAAAGAAAGAAAUUCUUGCGGCGUGGGUUUGAUUCCCGCUCGAGUCAUUAUACUUUUUUCUUCUUUUUGUUUCUUUCUCUUAAAACUUUCAAAAAAAGCUGUUUUGCUUCCGACUGAUAGUACCCCGAGCCAGUUUGGGUGGAUACAUAUACAAUCAACUAUCCUCUAUCCCCAAUAUUUACAGUCUGUUGAACACCUACUGCAUGCCGAAAGACUUCUAUUUAACUUAUAUCAAAAACAGAACACAAGAAACAUACCAAAAAAAACGACUACUGAUAACAUCUAGUCGAUUGUUGUACUUCAGCGUUAAAACUUCACAUGUUUGAAUCUCUAUUCGUACAAAAUUGAUUUUGUGUUCUUCGAUAGUUUUAGUUUAGAGUACUAUAAUGGAAUAUUCUUUUUUUAUUCUGGCCAAACAAAGCGUAUAUCAAGACCUUUACCAUUUAGUAUUGUCGGUUUUGAUAUCCGUUUUAUUUUUAAGCUGUUCCUGCUCGACUGGAGGCCAUUGUCUGUGGAUACCGGAUAUUCGAUGAAUUGUUCUAACAACUGCUGCCAGACGUGGUUUGCAUAAUCUCUAUCAAAUAAGGUUGAUAAAAUGCAUCCGAAGCUGGCGGCAAGUUUGACACAAUGUCUUUACUAUGUUGUUUUUUUAUUGUUACUUCAAAGGUAAAGAACGUAGUUCGUCAAGAGAAAUGUACAUUUGUCUUCCGGAAAAUGCAACGCAACUUGCGGAACGACCGUGAGUAUAACAUGCUAUCAUAAGUUUUUCUCCUGCUAACACUGCUUCGGUUGUGACUAGAAACGGUGGGAAGUCUAUUACUUAUAGGUUUUGCAAAAAAACCUUAGAUUUUCAGGUAAACUUCAUUUUUCUUACUACCAGAAACACUUUCAUGAAAAGCUAAUGAUGUAUUUAGAAUCAACGCAUUGAACUGCAUCAAAUGAUAUGUCAGUUGUAUGUUUUUAUGCACAAAAAGUCGUUCGAUAUAAUGAAAUGACAGAUUUACAGCAUCCUCGCGGCAAUUUUGGCUAGGCACAUGGACAUGAAAGUGGUACGAAAGCCUCUAAACACUAUUUGUAUAGGUUUCCGCAUGCUUUCUAUUCAAUGGUGUGAUUUACAAGUUCAAAGAGGUUUUUAUCAAAGAUUCGGUCUCUGGAAAAUCCGAUUAAAAGUGUUUUUGAACUUUUUAAAUUACACUAUUGGAAAGAGCGCACACGAAAACCUAUAAAAAUAGUGUUCAGAGGCUUUCGUAUUACAUUUAUGGCACAUGUCUACGUGCCUAUUCAAAAUUGCCACUGUGCACUGGUGGCUCCUGACAAAAGGAAAGGAAAAGUCAUGUCUAGACAAAGGCACAUACAUUGUUGUAGGCAAUGACUUUUCGUUUCCUUUUUUCUUUUGUUAGGAACCAUCAGUGCACGUGUGUAAAGACGGAUAAUUUAGAGAGACAAGCAAAAGUAAUUUCCAUAAUAUCCACCCUUACUCUCAUAACCAAAGGAUGUUUUUUAUGACAUUAGGCUAUCAUUUAUUAGUCGUAAUUUCUACAGAAACUUUUGUUUUGAUUAGUUGAUGUAAGGCUUUUUAAAUCAACACUAUUCAUUUUUGUUCUUUUCCUUGAUUCAUUCGAUCACGACAAAACAAACCUAUUUUUUUUACGAACGUAAUUUGUUUCUGUUCUCUCUUACCGACACUAUGGUUACGUUUAAUCUAUUUAUUUUAGAAAAAAUUCAACUGAAAAAACUCGCUCAGUGUAUUGUUUUUGCUUGAUUAAGAAGUAAACCUGCUAUAUUUUACAAAAUUCCUUUGAGUCAUAAACAACUAUUGAUCAAAUUUGUUUCGAAAAAUGAAUGGUAUAUAAGAAAUUGUACGUUUUAAAGUCAUUGAUGAUCAUUCAUAUUUGUUUUCAUCAAUACAAUUUAUUUUAAAUCCAAAUGCAUACGAAAAAUCAUCUCUGUUGGAACGUCAAAAAUGGAAUGCAAAAAUUCGUAAUAAUAUAGCACAAGAAAUUCGAAAUACAAAUAUUUUGACAAUAAAAGAAGAUAUUCAGUUAUGGGCAAAAGAUAAUAUAGCAUAUGCAAAUCGUUUGUGCCAGUCAUUAUUCUGUGGUGAUAGCAUUGAAUUAAAAUAUAUAUCUGAGCUGUGUUCAACAGAGGUGCGAGUUGUUAAUAGUAUACGCGUACAUCUUGGUCAAAUAUACGUUUAUGGCAAAAGUCAUGAGUAUAGACGCUGUUGUUAUAUCGUAUCUGAUGGUUUACCUUAUAAUCCACUUUAUUUAUUAUCUUGUAAUGGACAAAAUGAAACUAAACAAACGAUAUUUGACUGGGAUGCAAGACGUAGAGUAGAAAACCUAGUACAAAAUUAUAUAAAAAAACAAAAAGUUAAAACUACCAGUUGGUGUUUAAGACAUGAACAACAUAAUCACCACCAUCAGCAGAUUAUCUCAAAAACGUUACAUCUAAACAUAAAUAAUACACAGGCAGACCCGUCUAGUGAAGCACAUUUUAUGACAAUUGCAUGUAGUAUGGCUCGACAGAAUGGAGAAAGCAUAAUUGAGAACAAAAGGUACCAAGAACUUUUCGAUAAUUUUAUGAAAGGAUUAUAUCGAAUCAAAACAACACACAUACGUUUAUUUUAUAAAAGUUUGUGUGAUAUAGUUGAUAUAUUACUUGACAACAUAAAAGAAGAUUUAAGCGGUGCACUUCUUUUAACCAACUACAAGCUGUUUGUUCUGUUACGGGUUACUCUUAUCGAUUUGUUAAACAAAUGGAAUGAUUUAGAUGAAAUACUAACUGAAAAUGAGCAAAUACUUUUUCUUAAAAUUUCGAUGCUGCUUCAUACAAUAAUAGAUUAUACUCGUAACACAAAACAAAUGGAUGCAACGAAGUUAGUGUUAUUAGACACAGCAUUUCUUGAAACAAUCAAACUAUGUAUUGAAGAAAGUGGAAAACAUUUAAACGAUUCAAAUCUAUUUGCGUUCGAUUUAUUAAUCUAUUGUUUAAAAAAGUUUCAAGAUAAAGAAAAGUAG